AUGAGCGCAGCGUUCCCGCCGUCGCUGAUGAUGAUGCAGCGCCCGCUGGGGAGUAGCACCGCCUUCAGCAUAGACUCGCUGAUCGGCAGCCCGCCGCAGCCCAGCCCCGGCCAUUUCGUCUACACCGGCUACCCCAUGUUCAUGCCCUACCGGCCGGUGGUGCUGCCGCCGCCGCCGCCGCCGCCGCCCGCGCUCCCCCAGGCCGCGCUGCAGCCGGCGCUGCCGCCCGCGCACCCGCACCACCAGAUCCCCAGCCUGCCCACAGGCUUCUGCUCCAGCUUGGCCCAGGGCAUGGCGCUCACCUCCACGCUCAUGGCCACGCUGCCCGGCGGCUUCUCGGCGUCCCCCCAGCACCAGGAGGCGGCCGCCGCUCGGAAGUUCGCGCCGCAGCAGCUGCCCGGCGGCGGCGGCAACUUCGACAAGGCGGAGGCGCUGCAAGCCGACGCGGAGGACGGCAAAGGCUUCUUGGCCAAGGAGGGCUCGCUGCUGGCCUUCUCCGCGGCCGAGGCUGUGCAGGCGUCGCUCGGUGAGUCGGCGGCGCUCUUGCACGCUGUGACCUGGGGUCCCGGUCGGGGCUGUCAGAGGGCAAGGGAAAGACGAGUCAAAGGUGGAAGACGACCCGAAGGGCAAGGAGGAGAGCUUCUCGCUGGAGAGCGAUCUGGACUACAGCUCGGAUGA